AGUAGUGUUGUCCAAUCAUCACGGAGUAUCUGGUUAGUACCUCCCAUCCGGAAGACAUGCCAUGUUAAGUCUUCGCGGCGUCCUUGUGCGCUCGAUUCUGGGAUAAAAUUGUGUUUUAAAUUAUUAUUCUGUCUAGCGAAGUUUCUGCUCUCUGUCAAUAGAAGAAUAAGAGCAGCGCCAUGCCGCUUCAUAAAUACCCUCCCAAAUUGUGGGAGGCCAUGAAGAUGAAGCAAGGCAUUUACGCCCGCCUCCCUAAACACUACCUCAAGUCCCUCGAGAAGAAAGAGCCCACGCCUGUCCACUGGAGGCCUCUGGGAGUCCAGUACCGAGCCAACCCAAAGACGGGAGUGAAAGAGCGUGUGCAGGAUGUCCCCAUCCCCAUCUACUAUCCUCCUGAGUCCCAGAAUGGGCUGUGGGGAGGCGAGGGUUGGGUUUCUGGCUACCGGUACGCCAACAAUGACAAGAUGUCAAAUCGUGUGAAGAAGACGUGGAAACCUCAGCUGUUUAAGAGAGAGCUCUACAGCGAGAUCCUCGACCACAAAUUCACCAUCACAGUCACGCCGCGCACUCUAAACCUCAUUGAUGCCGCAUUCGGCUUUGACUUUUAUAUCCUCAAGACACCAAAGGAGGACCUGAACUCCAAACUGGGGAUGGAUUUGAAGAGAGCAAUGCUGCUUCGACUGGCUCGCAAGGAUAAAGAACUUUACCCCAAUGACCCAGUGAAAAGGGAAACCAUCUUUACGAAAUAUAAGCAGCAGUUUGAGAUCCCAGAGGAGGAAGCAGAGUGGGUGGGCCUGAGUCUGGAGGAGGCUGUGGAGAAACAGAGGCUAUUGGAGCACAAGGAGCCUGAGCCUGUGUUCAAAGAGUGCGUGGACAAGCUGGUAAAGGAGCUGAGCAUGAAGAAACUGCUGGAGCCACAUCUCACAGAGAAGAAGUAAUCCUCUGGUCUACGGAAGCAGGGCAAGACUGAAAUGUGCAGUAGGUUCAGCUGCUUGGAUUCUGCAAAAAGACAAAGGACUCUGGCUCAUCACAUCUGUUCCUGCAGCGAAAGCACUCACUUCCUCCACUUCUGCUUUUCUUCCCACCUGGGAGCAUCACAAAGGGAGAAGUGCAGCAGGAAAACACAUGUGCUUAUUUAUUUCUGCAGUGUUCAUUUUCAAUUCAAGACAUUUUAUAAAACAGCAAAGGUUUUCAUCACUGUAAAUGUGAUUUAAGGACAAAACAUACUUACUAAAAACAAUUAAACCCCUUUUUUAUUGAAA